CAUCAAGGUUGAUGGUAAAUGGUCUCGUGUAGGUAAUUCAUUUUAUCGUUCGCCUCAUCCUAUCCAGAAGUAGAUAGGAAGGUUUACUGUGAUCUCACGUGUAAGUUGCUCACCUAUUCGAUUGCUAUUAAGUGUGUAUUAUUUAUGCUUAGAGGUAUGUAAGUAUGGGUGGUAUCCUAUCUUGAGUUUUACUCUUACUUUUACUCUUAUGUACUGAUUGUUUAUUGUCGAGGAUUUGGAUAUUUCCAUAAAGAAGUUAUAGACUAAAGACGUUUUAUCCCGAAAAUAAUCUGAAUAUGUCGGCCAAUGCAGCUGAUCUGGUGCAGCGAUGCCGCAAUGCUUACGAAAGUGGAAAAACGAAAUCCAUAUCGUUUCGAGAAAAGCAACUCAAACAAUUGUUGAAAAUGUACAAAGAAAACGAAUCUAAAUUUAUCGCAGCUUUAGCUUCGGAUUUACGUAAAAGUAAAAACGAAGCUUUGUUAUCGGAAAUCAAUAUCGUCGUCGCUGAUAUCACAAAUACAAUUCAUUACUUGAAAGAAUGGACUGCACCGGCGAAAGCGGAAAAAGGACUAGCAUUUGCUUUGGACGACGUUUUAGUGUGCAAAGACCCUUACGGAGUUUGUUUAGUCAUUGGAGCUUGGAAUUAUCCCAUUCAACUGUCAUUGGUACCUGCCGCCGGUGCCAUUGCUGCUGGAAAUUGUGUAAUCAUCAAACCAUCGGAAGUAUCGCCAGCUACGGCCAAACUCAUCGCCGAAUUAAUCCCAAAAUACUUGGAUCAGGAUUGCUACCAAGUAUACUUAGGAGGAGUAAAUGAAACUACCGAAUUAUUAAAGCAACGUUUCGAUUACAUUUUCUAUACCGGAUCAACAUCUGUUGGUAAAAUUAUCAGAGCUGCAGCCAACGAGCAUUUAACACCGGUGACUUUGGAGUUGGGUGGUAAAAGUCCUGCUUUCAUAGAUAAUACUGCCAAUUUAGAUAUCACCGUGAAACGUCUAAUGUGGGGGAAAUUAUUUAACGCUGGUCAAACCUGUAUCGCUCCUGAUUACGUAUUAUGCUCGAGACAAAUACAAACUCAGUUUGUAGAGAAGGCCAAACAAGUAUUAGAUCAAUGGUAUGGAUCGAGUGUGAAAAAUUCGCCAGAUUUUUGUCGUAUCGUUUCCGAUAAACAUUUCCUGAGACUGAAGGAUUUAAUGAGUAGGGGAAAAGUGGCUGUGGGAGGUGAUUUUGAUGCCAGCGAAAGAUACAUAAGCCCUACCAUUCUAACCGAUGUCAAAGAAGACGACCCUGUCAUGACAGAAGAAAUUUUUGGCCCUAUUUUACCCAUUGUGACAGUAGAUAGCGCUUACGAGGCUAUUGGAUUCAUCAAUAAAAGAUCAAAGCCAUUAUCGUUGUAUAUAUUCUCAUCGGAUAAAAAAGUCCAACAAAUGUUCUUAACGCAGACUCACAGCGGAGCAGUUUGCAUCAACGAUACAAUAAUGCAUUAUACCGUGGAUACGUUACCAUUUGGUGGAGUUGGAGCGAGUGGCAUAGGAGCUUAUCAUGGCAGAUAUACUUUUGAUACUUUUAGUCAUAAAAAGAGUGUUUUAGUGAAGAAUUUUAAUCCGAUUGGUGAAUCACUUGGAAGUGCACGUUACCCUCCAUUAACCGACAGGAAAGCAGCCACAGUAAAAUUUUUAUUGACCAAACGAUACGGUCUGAGCUUGGGUCUAUCAAUUUUACCAUACUUGCUCGUAUUCGGCUGCGGAAUGGCGUCCGCAUUUGCGAUCAAAUACAUAGCCAAGUACCUACUUAUAUUGGUCAAUGAUGUAUCCAUAAUCCAUAAGGUACUGUAUUCGGACGACGGUAACGAGUAAAGAUGAUUCAGAAAGUUAUGGAAGAUUGGCCGGGCCAUUGCACAAAUUUAAAUUAACGAUAGAUCUCGCUAAUUUACAAAAAAUCAUACCGUGACGUAUUGUUGUGAUAUUUACAUUACCUUUAUGUUUUUGAACAUGAUAUUAUUUUUAUGUUGACAAUUUUUGAGAAAUAUUUCUUUUUUCUAGUAAGCACUAAGCAUGUUACCUGCUCUAUAGCCAUACCUAUACACGAAUAGAUAUUUACCUACCACAGUUUUUAAAUCGAACAAUGUUUUAAAUACCUAGCAGCAAACUAUAUUGUAUUUAUUUUAAAUGUAAUUUUUCUCUUUUUUUUCGCAACUGUGUGUGCAUGUGUGUGUGUGUGAUCUUUUUAAAUCGAAAGAUUUUUGUAUUUUUUAAAAUUUGUUAAUAGACGAUUAAAAUUUAUUUAAUCGAA